GGAGAGAGACAGGAAGGGAGAGAGAGAGAGAUGUAGAGACAGGAAGCCUCCACUGCCACUGAGCCAGUGAGAUGCAGGCAGGCAGAGAGAGACGACAGAGGGAGAGAGAGGCCCUCGGCAUCUCCACGGCUGGCCCAGCGAGGGGGCGAGGGGCUCAAGAGCACUACAGCGGAGAGAAGAGUGGGAGGGGACGCUGAAACUGAGGGAAAAGAAGAAGGGCGAUACAAUCAGAAGCAGGCUUCGCCAGGAAAAAGGGGAGUGGGGUGAGUGGGACUAGAGCCGAGGAGGGAAAAAGCAGAUAAAAGUUUUGGAGACGGAGUAAGAGAGGGGAGAGGGAAGGGGGAGACGAGACUGAACAUCAGAGCGGAUAAAGCCCGUUAAUGGCAAAGGUAGGAGGAGAUUCGUGGAAGAAGAGGAGGAAGCUCUCGGUGUCUCAGGAGUCCUCCCGUUCCCCUUUUACUUCGUCUUCAUUCUGCCAGGCUGCCGGACAUCAUCCAUCACCAUGUUCUCUGACAGCAGGGCUCCGGCGCCUGGGGAGCAGAAAGGCUUCAAGUCCCACACCCCUCACUUCAUCCCCUGGCUGCGCAAUAGCUUGAAGCCUCACCAGAGCAGCAACCUGGGGCUCAACGAACCGUACAAAUCCAACUCAGAGACCCGAAACAACCUGACCCCGCUGGAGAGAGCCAAGGGGAUCGGCUUUUUCUCCAUCCAGGGGAAGGGCCGUGGAAAAAAGGCUGAACUUCGGUGCAAUGGGGUGGGGAAGGCGAGGAUGCUGCCAGUUGCGCUGAGGGGGCACCACAUCCUGCCAGGGAGCCUGGGGAAGCAGAGCGAGGACAGUCCUGCCAGGUGGAACCGGACUAAAGAGCUUGGCACAGACCGCAACGCACAGACCAGCCCAGGGGAGGGGCCGCAGGGACCAGCCAACAGCUCCUCCGCUGCUCAGGGCAACCACACCUUUGUUAGGAAGCACAGCAGCCACCUGAGCCCCCAUCAGUCGCAGAGUGACAGCAGUAGCAACUCAGUGAAGAAAUACGGGCCACUGCUUGGACCUCCUGCUGCUCCUGUUGCUGCGCUGCUCUCUGAGGAGCCAAACUUUAACGUGCCUGUUGUUAUGUGUAUGGAGGGCAAAGAGGGGAAGGUGUGGGACUGCGCCAGCCACAACACCCACCGUCAGAGAGACCACCGUUCAUCCAGCUGGCUCAACUAUGACACUCAGGGACUAAUAGAGAGGCAGCAUGGAUUCAGCUCCAACUUCAGCUACACCAGUAAACACAGCAGGAGCUCCCAGAGCCAACGAGACCUGACAGCGCUGCGGGAGCCACCUGUGGAGGAUCUAAACGGAGUUAUCUUCUCCACCGAGGUUCCUCACGGGGGGCUCAGCAGUACGACAACUCUACAAGGCCCCGAGAAACCCAGACCGAGCUCAGAGCGCACCGCUUUCCUGGCUCAGAACCAGACGUGGGCCCAGCACAGACCAAAGAGCGAAGGGGAGUCACAGAGGAAAGAGGCCGGCUGCAGGAGGAAGGUGGUGCGAAACCAAAUUAAACGGGUGGUGGUCAACCUGGAGCAGGUUCUCAAAGCCCUGAGGGAUGUUCAUCAGGAAAUGAAAGAGGUGGUGCAGCAGAUUGACCAUCUAACAUCAACCAUUGAUCUGAAUGAGGAGGAGGAGGAGGAGGAGGAGGAGGGAACUGGAAGAGAAAGCACCAAACCUCCCAGCGACAGCAGCUACAGUUCAGGCUCGAGCUCCAGUGAAACAACUGUGGGCUUCACACAUCAGAAGCUGUCAGAGCCUGCAAACCAGCCAGAAACUGGGUAUUUAUCUGGCACCCUGAGGGGAGAGCAUCAUAGCAGGAGCCAGUCUCCACCCAAUGUGCAGCUGCGCCCGCUAACCUCUGGACUUUUAUCGGAGAGGAGUCGGACUCUUCACCUCACCGGUAGUGUUGGGGCCUCACCCAAACACGGUGGGAAGCUGCCAUACCCCAGUAACCUCACGACCCACGACCACACUCGCUCCCCCCAAAGAAGCCUCCCUGCUCGGCCUCCAACUCCUGGUCUUUCCCCUCUAACGGUAAACUUCCAUCUCCCCAGUAGCUCUGGUUCUCAGCCUCACUCCCCUGGGGCUACCUCCUCCAUCAGGAUCAGCCCCAUCUCACCUCCCUCUCCCCUGUCUUCAAAGGCUAACCCACCCCCUGCUCUUAGCCCGUCUGUCAUCAUCCAGACCAAAGUGGGGUCUUAUCAGACCACACAAAGCGAUCUCCCAUCUGCUGGGCCGCUCUCUCCAUCGUCCAACCUGCUGCCGUCUGCCAGCUGCCCACCCACCGACUCAGAGACUGAAACCGGGUUCACCGCUAACACGGAGAGGCGAGCAUCCUCAGCGGGACCGUCACACGUAUGCGCCGCAGCACUAGGCCACAGAGGUCGCAAGCCUCCACCUUACCCACAUCACAGACUCUCUGAAAACACAAAGAAAGUGAAGGAGCUCCGCAAAGCUCCUCCGUACCCUGAGAAAAGAAGGCUGCUCUCGACCACAGUGUGAGACAAUGCAGCAGGAGAGGGGGGCUGAUCGAAUGGAGCCAUAUUCACAGCACCAGCCACAAGUCUGCAAGAGUGGAGAGUGAUUUAAGGCUUGCCAAGCUGAGCUGAGACCAAGUUUCCAAGGUGACAAGGCGCAGACGCAACUUGGGGAUCUGGAGGUGAUUAUUUCCAGACGACGCAUCGACAUCAGCGGUGACAACGAGGAAAAGGGGAAACGCUCCUGCUAAGCAUUUCCUCAGUUCCUUAGGAUCACCUCCGGACGGACGAGGGAAACCGAUCCCGGGCCAAACAAGGCAGAGAGAUAACAGGGCACGGAGCUGAGCGGGAGGAGGAAACAUGCGCUCGCACUAAUGACAGAAAGUGUCAGGACUGUCCUUGCUGUGGGAAGGAGGCGUGUCGAGGUGCGCUCCACUUCACAGACGACCACAUCAGACAGGCAGACCGCGCAAAGUGGCUGAGCUCAGACCGGGCGCGGACAUUAACCUUCCACGAGACAUUAAAGUGCACAGACUCGAUUCCGAGUGUGACGUCAAGAAGAAAUAAAGUUUUCGUGCUACUUUGA